UAUCAAUGCACAUUCUGCGGGAUGGGUUUCUACUCGAAGUACGGAUGGCUACGACAUGAACAGGCUCGUCAUGCACCACCAAAGGUGUGGGUGUGCGAGCCGUUGGCAUUCUCCGUCGAGGGUGGCAACCGUCACUCCGAUUAUGGCAAAUGUCCUGUAUGCUGGGAGCACCUACACCUCGGCCACUGUUCGCACCGUUUCGAAGAAUGCUGGGCGCGGCCCGAGAAAGACAGGACGUACUUCCGCAAGGACGCCUUGAUACAGCAUGUGCGUCUUGUGCAUCAUCCCCGUCUCACCCAGAAUCUUUAUGAUGGCCGUGCCGUGGAUGUGCCUACGGAACAUUUGGUAUGUCCAUUUUGUGACAUUGCAAACGCGACCUGGCAAGAUCGUGUCGAGCACGUUGCAGGUCACUUCAAAAAGGGUGAGCGCCUUUCAGAG